AUGACGACACCUGGCGAGCGCAAGCAGCCGCGUCAGUUCGGGGCUCGGCGAGACGGGGCUUUUGCCACAGUGCCCAUCGGUUACCUGCGCCAGCUCGAAGUUGAGGUUGCCGCCAAAGACCGUAGAAUGUCUGGAACGGCAGCUUCUCAGGGCACCUCAGACGGCGGCAGUGGGCGCAAUAUCAUCUCUCCGUGGGCGCCGCAGCAGGACGUCGCCGAGGAGGAGGAGGAAGUUGAAGAGGAGGAGGAAGACGCGGAUGGCGGCGCCCUGGCGGAGUCGUCGCCAGCGCUGGAUCUUGCCCAGUCGAUGCAUGCUGCCGCCUCGCACUCGCCUUCACUCACGACCUCGUCCCCGACGCAGAGCCACAGACGUGAAGGUCAUGGGUUUCAAGGGCGCAUGCUGGCUCAUGGCAGUGGCAGGCCGCUGCUACGGCCACUCAGUGACAUUGUCAUCUCUGUCGGCGAAGACUGGAUGGAUCACUAUGCCGACGUCUACUUCCAGCACAUCCAGCCUCAGUGGUCGUUCUUGGAGGCAUCGUCGUGGCGAGCGGCCUAUGUGGCCUGGAAGCGCGACCCUGACAACGUCGAGUCGGCAGACAUCUUCGUCCUGCUGCUGGCGCUCGCCAUCAGCGCUCUGGCCUGCAGCUCAUUCCGCGCCGACUGUCAGCAUUCACUACAUGCAAAUACGCUCUAUACCAGUGCAGUCCGAGGCCACUUCGUUCGUGUGUCGGAGAACCCUUCGGCGCUUGUGCGGACGCAGGCCUCGCUGCUCAUGCUUCUCUACGCAUUCCACAAUCCUUCGCCCAGUGCGAUCCCGGGCGACAUGAUGCUCGUGCUCACCAACUGCGCAAGCCUGGCAAACGAAACCAGCAUCCCCGAGGCAAGCGGCGCGAGUGGCCGUGUUCAGCACGGCUUGAACUCAAACUACGAACACAUGCGACGGCUCACAAUCAUGAGCUCUCACAUACUCAACGAAGUUGUCUCCUCAGCGUGGACGUUUGACCGCUUCUAUGUCUUUGAGUUUCUGGACGACACAUAUGUGUCACGUAUGACGCUUAACCGGCGUGAGUACGGCUUCUUUGAGCACCUUUUCCGACUGCGAUGCAUCCAGUCCCGGAUCCGACACAACAGCACCAAGCUUGGGCAGCUCGACCAGAGUGAUCCGUUCCGCAAGGUCUCACGCUCGCGACUCAAGGAUGAGCUGCACCGCUGGAAGUCCAGCAUCCCCAUGGUCGCCAGUGCCAGUCCACGCGACAGUGACCCUGUGUACCACAAUCCGGUUUCGCUGUCAAAGCUCUACGACUACAGCCUGUCGAUUCUGAUGCAAGAACAACCUUACCUCAUGGGUGCCGGCGACAUAGGGCAGCUCGUUGAGAGCUGGAGCGAAACGUGCCGCACCUUCCGCAUCUCGCAGGAGAGCGACACCCUCAUGUACUGGACUUGGUCAUCGCUUGUGUAUCAGUUCCGCCUGGGCAUUAUGCUCCUGUGCUGCUACUUCAUAACCGUGCCCAUGAUGCGAACCCCCGUGUUUUACAUGCCUGAGACACUCCUUGGCGUCAAAAGCUGCCAGCGCAACCUGAUGGGCUUCUCGGCCAGGUGGCCAGGUGCAGCCAUCUUCUUGCAAGCGUACCAACUCCUGAUUGAGGCAAUGUUUGACGUGGCCACGCUGGACCAGGUCUGCAGCGAUAUUGGCGUUGCCGGCGGCACCGGCGCGGCCGCAGUUCUCGAUGCUGCGCCGCCGGUGCUGCCUACGGCAACAACAACAUCGGCUCCGACAGCGCGGCACGGUGCGUAUCUGCUCACAGGGGAUCGCAAGGCCACCAUGGAGCGGGUUCUGGACGAGCUGCGCAUGCAGCAUGUCCACGAGGCCGUCAUCGUCCUCAUCAGCGAAAUGGUCUACAAACCGCGCGCCGAGGACGUCGACUACGACAAGAUCCAGUUCGCGCCUGACAUGUCUCUCAACGGCGUCGAUCUGUUCAGCUUCUGA